UUCGCUCGUUUCCUUCGCAGGCGCGAGCUUCCUGCACUCGGCGCGUGACCUUGUCUCGCGUCCGCGCAGGUGCGGCGCUCGUCCGCGGGAACACCGGGACAUGUCUUCGCGGGGGCUGCUGCCGAAGCCGGGCCUCCGAGGCGGCUUCUCUCUCUCCAGAGGUCACCUGACCGCCCUCGGGCCUCUGGCGCUGGCCGCCGGUGUGGGAACCUAUGUCCUCUGCCGCUUCUUCAGCGGGAAGAGCUGCGGUAAAAGCAAGGUGAACCAUGCGAUCAGCAAGGACAGCGCCAAGGUGGCGCACAGCUUCGACAUGGAGGACAUCGGCACCAAGGCGGUCUUCUGCAGGUGCUGGAGAUCCAAAAAGUUCCCUUACUGUGACGGGGCGCACACCAAGCACAACGAGGAGACGGGAGACAACGUGGGCCCGCUCAUCAUCAAGAGGAAGGGUCCCUGAUCGCCGCGGCGAUGAAGAGCAUCAUCUGUCGCCGACUCAAACUCGCGACGCAACACGGUCGCGCACGCUCUCCGCUGACUGCAUCUGAAAUGUUUUGGGCAGGAUUCCCCAUCUGCGGUCCCGCCAGGGCCGCGUGAGCACUUUCGCUCUCGGCCAAAGCACUUAAGUACUCAGAUGAAGUAAAUAUUUCCCUUAUUGAACUUUUUUAACCACCCCCCCCCCCCACCUUUAGAGUGUUAGGGGUUUAAAGGGAUCUGGAAGCCCUCCAUAUACAUGAGCCCUCCGAGACCUUAAGGUCGUCCGUAUUUAUGCUUCAGCUCUGUAGCUCCAGCCAUCCAAAUCCACGAGGAAUAUCUGGUGCCCCGCAGUCGCUCGCUGUAAUUUAAGAAUCGCUUUACGCUAUUAGUGUUGCGUGACGUCAGUUCUCUUCGUGAAGUGCCCCGCCACGGUGAGACGGGAGGUGCUGUACCUAACUUGAGACCGCUGCUGCGUGUCUGUAAUUCCGACCCAGUGCGGCCGCGUUCACGGUGUUGUGUGUUUUCACGUUCGAGCAGAAUAUAUGUAUUUUGAAUAAACUGCGUUUGAGCUC